AUGGAGAAAGAGGUCAGUGCGGUGGCGGAGUCGGGAGAGAAAUCCCUGACUAACAGUCAAGCGAGAGUUUUGAAUGCAAUCAAAGAGAAACUUGUCAGGCAGAUUAUUGAUUUGCAGUCAUUCAUUAUAAGUUCCAGUGUACAAUACAAUGAAGAUGCUGUUGAAAUUUUGGAGAGCGCUAUCAAGCGCUAUCAAGAACCGGGUAGAUCCACGUCCAUGUGCAUCAACGAUGUGAUCAACACCAUUGAAUUCUAUAAAAAGUCUGGCAAUCAAGUGGUUGGAGUGUGUAUUGAUAUGGAGAAGGCGUACGAUUAUACGAACAUAAAUCAGUUGGCGGUAUUAAUGUUUCGGAAAGGGUAUAAUCCACACAUAAUCAAAUGGAUUGUGGACAGUAUGAAACGCAGACAGUUGGAGUUGUGUGAGAGUAGAAGAAUUGUAGUUAAUGGUCUUCCCCAAGGAAGUGGUAUCAGCCCGUUGCUCUUUAAUAUCGACGUGUCUUCCCUGCAUGACAUCAAUUCCAGUAACAUCGACAUCUUUCAGUUUGUGGAUGAUUUCUUCUUGGUUUGCCACCACAAAAACUUCCAAAAAGGUAGUGAAAUUCUCACUGAAAGAAUUAGCCGCUUCCACGAGGACUGUAAACGGCUAGGUCUGGGUUUUAAUAUGAAUAAAAUUAACACCGUUCACUUCUCAAGAAGGCCUAAACAAAUGAGUAUAUGCAUUAAUGGUAUUUCAAUCAAGCAGGUGGCAAACAUCAAGUAUCUGGGUCUCGUCAUUUCUGCUGGCGGCUCUUCUAAGAUACACAUCGACGAAGCUACAACAUCGACAGAUAAAGUUAACAACUUCCUUCACAUUUUGAGUGGAUGCAGCUUUGUAAUCUCCCCAGCCAUAGCCAUGCAUUUCUACAAGGCGUUUGCCAGAGCAAAAUUGGAGUAUGGAGCAUCUGUAUUAUCCCAUCUUACAAAAGCAACUGCUAGUAAAAUCAAGACUAGUACGCACAAGUUUUUACGCAGGGCUUUGGGUCUCAUCCAUUCCACACCUGUACCCAUUUUAUAUCAGCUUGCGUGUGAAUUACCCCCAAAAUACAGAUUUGAGCUGGCAACAGCCAAGGAGUUAGUCAAAGCCAAGGCCUUUGGAUUGCCAAGUCUGGAGAAUAUCAGGCGUAUGCAGAACAGAACAACUAGUUAUACGAUAGUGUUUGACAAGUAUCAGCAAAUUGUAGAAAAUGUGGCAACGAUACGAAUCAUGCCCGUUGCAAGCAAGCGUAUUUCAAGUGAUGUGGACUUCUUUGAGGGUGUAGGCUCUAGAAAAAGAGGUGUAAGUGAGGAGGUGGUGAAACAACUUGUUCGAAAGAAAAUAAGCAAGAUUCAGGAGUCUGGCAUAGACAUUUUUUUCACAGACGGUUCGGUGACGGUUUAA